GUCUAUGAUUAGGGCUGGCGAGGGGGAAGGAGGCUGCCUUUGUGGAAGGUCAAGGGGCUGUUACGCACAAUCACCGCCAGCGGCUUCCUGUUGACUGCGCCCUCCGAGCGCGCUUAAUUCAUCGGUACCGCCGCGGGGGCAGCUCCCGGACCGGCGGCUUCGCCUGGAAUCGCGUGGGAAGCAUGAGACACACGCAGCUGAUCUCCCGGGAGUGAGCGGGGCGAUCGACAUGGCUCUGGGGGGCACGGCGUUGCUGAAGGCAUGGCUCGUGUUGUGGGUGGCAGGUCAAGUUCUUCCCUCGGUGUCUGGCUGCAGCUGGAGCCUGUAUGAGUGGAUGCUCAGCGGACUCUGCCUGGCCAAGUUUGACAGUGACAUGGAAGGCCUGCACCGAGACCUGUGGUGCAGCUGGCCGGACACAGUGGAGAUCUACGGGGACGUAACAAACUGCACCUACCAGGUAGCGUUGAGGAUGUACUGUUUCUGGCCAAACCAGAUUGUCGACCGCUUCUUCGUGCAGAUUCAUCAGAACUACUUCCGGGACUGCUCUCUGACAGGCCGCCUCUUCCACGACCCACCGGUCAGCAUCCUCGCCCCGUUCAUCACUGUCCCGGUACUGAUCACCCUCCUCAUGACCGCCCUGGUGGUGUGGAGGAGUAAACGCACCGAGGGAGUACUAUAGGAACAGCUGGAUUUGGUGUCAAGGACUCGAGGCACAGUCGGACUAAUGUGUGACGCUGUGUGCAUUUAGACCCACUCCUGAACUUGUAUUGUCCCUGUAUAGACAAAGGUUUGUGUACAGUGCAGUGAAAAAUGUGCGUGUCAUGUCUGACAGCAGCAGAUGUUAACCGACAGAUGAUAAAUAAUAAACAUUAUAUUUGGUAUAAAAAUAGAAAUGAUGCGUGCAGCCGGCGUGGCGGAUAACAUCAGCAGCAACACUCGUGUCAAAGUCUGGCAGGGCCGAGUGAUAAAGUUCUUCGAGAUUCAGGGGAUUUGGAGGCCAUACAUGUUAAUUACCAUCUGUUCAGUGAAAACAUAAAUAACAGUGGAGAGGAGGACGGUCGGCUAGAAACCUGUGACUGGGGUAAAUGAUUGAAGGACAGGUGGAGACAGAACCAAGGAGAAUUAAGUCACUGGAGUCCUGAGAUGAAACCUGUGCAGAUUUUAAUUUUUUGAUGAUGCUUCAGUUAAGCAGUCAAAGUCAUAAUUAGUUCAUAUUUAACACAUAUAUUUCUGUAGUUUUGUGGGUUUUUUUUCAAUAAAGGAAAACAUUAUUAUUCCAAUAGUAAAUUAAUUUAAAUACACACGCAUAUUCAUGUCUUUUCUAUUUAUUCUUGUCUCUGUGACUCAGUAGACAAUUUCAGCUUUUAUAUAUUAUAAAUUAACCGAGUAUUUGCCAAAAAGUCAAAGUAGCAAAUAGCUGCGUGUUCUCCCUUUAGAUCACAGAAGACAAAGCACAGGUCAAGCCGUUUCCAGAGCCUUAGCUGUGUUUAAUCUUUCCCAAACUGUGAUAAUAAUUAAAUACAAAUGCUUUUUUUUAUCCAUGUAAAAGUUAUGGCUCAGCACUUCCCCUUGAUAUAUUUUGCUUGCUGGGCUGUUCUGUCCUGUCAGUGGCAGGGGAAUUAAUGGUGGCUAUAUUAUCAAAGCUGCCAACGCCUUCAACAGUUAAGCUUAGUCGAGCAACGUUUGGCUUUUCUGAUUAAUGCCAGGACUGUGGCAGGAUCAAAGACGAUUUUCAGCAGUUUUUUUUUAAAUAAAAGAAUGAUAAAUGAAUGUGAGUGGCAAAUAGGAGAUAAACGGCGGUAAGACCUCAGCAGUGUUGCCAGACUUGAGGCCUCCUAGAUGCGACAUCCUAGCCGGUAGUUCUACUAAUUUCCUCUCCCCAAAAACUAAACGUUGGUUUGAUUGACGUGAUCACCCACCUAUCAGCAGCCGGCUCACGCCCUAUCAGAUCGUACCUGAUUUGCUCCUCCUCUCUGCCAAUCAUUUAGUCUGCCAAUCAUUCAAUCAAUAAACGAACGUCUGCGCAGUACCACGACAAAGUUAGUAAAAUAAAUGAAUCUAAGUCUGGGGUCUAGGGAUAAACUACUAUUAGAAAAAAAGUUGCGCCAGACACAGACACCAACAAUAAGAAAAAAAGCCACUUCGUCGGGUGCUUAAUUUUUAUCGUUCUGGCUGUUAAAUUAGACCCAGGUAAAUAAACCCACACACACACAAAAGCUUUGCUUUUGAUUGUUCGGUGUUGUUUGUAAAGUUGUUUUGUCCAGAUGAGACAUGUGAUGUGUCGGAAAUAAAUCUUGAAUGCUUAUUAUUAAAUGUUGUCCAGUUUAAAUGCUGGAAAGAUAAAUAAAGAUGAUGUCAAAAAGUGUAA